AUGUACACGAACCGGAUGAAAGCAGAGAAUGUCUUCAGAGCGAUCUUGGUUGUUCAACAGAACUUGACUCCUUUUGCUCGAACUUGCAUUAGUGAGAUCUCUUCAAAGUUUCACUUGGAAGUUUUCCAGGAGGCGGAAAUGCUUGUGAACAUUAAAGAACAUGUUCUUGUUCCUGAGCAUCAAGUUCUUACCACUGAAGAGAAGAAAACUUUGCUUGAGAGAUACACAGUGAAGGAGACUCAGCUUCCAAGAAUCCAAGUGACUGAUCCAAUCGCAAGAUACUUUGGGCUAAAACGUGGGCAAGUCGUGAAGAUCAUCCGUCCGAGUGAAACAGCUGGUCGUUAUGUGACUUAUCGAUAUGUUGUAUAA